GCAUGCGCCUCCAUUGAGCAGAGCUGCUGUUGUGAAGGGAGACAGCUCCACUGACACCGCGAGUAAGAAGAAGAAGAAGAAGAGUUCAGCACCGACUCGGUCUGUGGCAUCAUGACACACGUUUACUGACGGUCACUUUAGCUUUAGUGGAGCCUCGUGUCUAGUUGUUAAACUCACCGGUGCCUGGAGCGAUGCAGAGACUCGGCUCUGUGAGCAGAGUCCUGAAGCUGCUGAGGUUCAGCUGCGAGGGAGCAGCCGGACAUGUCCCCGGCGCGUCCUCCACCUCGAGACCCUACAGCCAUGUCCAUCCUCAGGGCCCCGGCUCCUUCGGGCUCCUCUUCGAUAUCGAUGGGGUGCUGGUGCGGGGCAGGACGCUCAUCCCUGCCGCCAAGCAGUGCUUCAAGAACCUGGUGGACCGCGACGGGAAAUACAAAGUGCCCGUGGUGUUUGUCACCAAUGCUGGGAACUGCAUGAGGCAGACGAAAGCAGAACAUCUGUCACAUCUGCUGGAGGUGGAGGUGUCUCCUGACCAGGUGAUGCUGUCCCACAGUCCUUUGCGAAUGUUCACCCAGCUCCACAAAAUGCGCGUGCUGGUGUCUGGGCAGGGUCCGGUGGAGGAGGUCGCUCACAAUCUGGGCUUUCAGGAUGUUGUUACCAUUGAUAUGCUCAGAGACGCAUAUCCUCUUCUCGAUAUCGUCGAUCAAAACCGAAGGCCCAAAAGCAGUAUUCCACCAACCAAAGGCUUACGGCCGAUAGACGCUGUGAUUUUAUUCGGCGAGCCAAUCAGAUGGGAGACAAACCUGCAGCUUAUUGUUGAUGUGCUCCUGACAAACGGGAACCCAGACAACGACUGGAGUUCCGUACAGUACCCUCACAUCCCGGUCCUGGCCUGUAACAUGGACCUGCUGUGGAUGGCUGAGGCCAAGGAUCCCAGGUUUGGUCACGGUAUGUUUCUGGUGUGCUUGGAAAGCCUUUACAAGAAGAUCACAGGCUAUGAUCUGAAGUACGAGGCUCUGAUCGGUAAACCCAGCGUCGUCACGUACAACUACGCCGAGCUACUGGUCAGACAGCAGGCGGAGCGACUCGGCUGGACCACACCGGUGAAGAGGCUGUAUGCCAUAGGAGACAAUCCCAUGGCAGACAUAUACGGCGCCAACCUCUACAACAGCUACCUCCAGGCUUCUCGGUCUUCCAAGGCCCAGAAGCAGGCUAAGAGUGGGGGAGGUGGUCUCGAGCCCUCGGCAGAGAAUGUUGACCAUGGCCCUAAGUUGACAUCAGCCGAGCUCGGCGGAGUGUCCAGCGUGUACGGGGCAGAGGAAGAUCUUCCAGACAACUGCAGCUCCAUCCUGGUGUGCACUGGCGUGUACAGCAGAGACCAACAGGAGCUGCCCUCGGACACAACACAGACCGUCACAGAGCAGCACAUCUUCCACGGCCACCGGGACUUCCGCUUCGACCCCAGCCUCACACAGCCAUCCUUCAUUGUGCAGGAUGUAAAGGAGGCGGUGGAGCUGGUGUUCCAGCAGGAGGGCUGGCCCCUGGAGUAGGACCAGAUCUAACACCUCCUAACCAAUUGUAGCAGAAGCUCAAGGGUUUGUAUUCUGUUUUAACAUAAGCUUAACCACAGGGUAGAUGUAGCUGUUACUGUAGCUAAUUCUUAAAGAUUUUCAUCAAGUGCCCUAGAAUCUGCUGCAUAAACAAGUUUUAACACCAAAUGUAUAAAGCUAUAGACGUUUUAAUGCGGCAUGUUUUUUAAAUUAAUAUAUUUUUCACAAACAAUAACCGCCUCACUGUUUCUAGUCGCACAAACUA